AAAUUCAUUUUUGCUGUAUAUUAAGAUUUCUUGGGUCAGUGGAUAGCCUUAAUUCCAUCUUUUAAAAAGUUGUAAGGUUAGAAAUAGGUGAAGGGGAACCAUAUUUGUAUAAUAUUAUUCAAAACACAGAAGAGGUAUACUGUAACUAUGACUAUGUACAAAAGGAGAUACCAGAGUUAUUUGCUCUGUGGUUGUCCAAUGAUUUGCUAACUCCUUUUGGAUGUUUUUUAAUUGCCAUAAAGUAUAACAAUAUAUUUUUAAAAUUAUAAAUAUAUAGAAUUCUACUAAGUAAUUUACAUUAUGUUACAUGUAUGUCAGUAACACUGAUUUCACUAAAGGCCCUCAUGCCCCAGCUGAAUAUAGUACAUUUUUGUGCUAGGAAUAUCCCCAGGUUAUGCAGGAUAGUAAAUGACAUGCUGGUUGGGCUGUCUUUUGCCCUGCCUUUCCCACUGAGUAAAGUUGAGCAGAUUGUAUCAUUUGAGCAAAUUAAAUGAAAGAAAGCUUAACAAAGAUACACCCAUGUGACCUUUUUAAAAAAAAUUGAACAAUUAACCAGCAUAGGACAAUACAACCAUAAAUUGUAUUGUAAUUGUAAUAUUGUUAUGUUCAUAAAACAUAAUUAUCGCACUAUACAGUGCAUAAUCUUUGGAGUGUUUUAAAAGACAGAAUACCUAAUUUGAAUUGCAAUCGGCAAUAUAUGAAUCUGGCAAUAAUUCAGAAAGGUAUGUACUUUUCUCUAUGCACCAUUUACGCUAUUUAAUUCAAAAGUGGGAACUUAAAAUCUGACAGCAAUUUCACUGACAUGAAUGAAGUCUAUGAAACAUGGAACUGGUUAUUCAUUUCUUUUAGGCUACAAUACUACUUUGUUUCAUAAAUACGUCUAAAAAGAUUGUGUCUUGCAUUACAGUUCAUGUAUCGGAAAUUGUGAGCUGCACAGCACUAAAGGAAAUUCUCAAAGCAGAAGGGCAAGUUGUAUGUUGUAUGAAAAAAAAAAUUAAGUAUGUUACUUAAAUGUAGAUUAGCCAUUUUUUUUAAAGUUUUCUGUGGUGCAGGAACUAUGGUAGAUUAAUACAAAUAUAAAACUAAGGGUUAAUAUUGAGUGAACUCUACUAAACUGCAGAAAUGAAAAAGGUAUGCCAGCUUCAGGUUGUUAGGGAACAAUUGUCCCUUGAUAACAUCACAGAGACUCUAGUAGGGUAAUAAUGAGAGUUGCUAGGAGAGAGGUAGCAUAUAUAUAUGGUGUGGUAUGAUGCGAGAGAUUAGUAGUUUAGUGUGACAGUCGGCUUUUUCUCUUGUGCUAAUCAUGACUUGUAUUACACGGAGAUGUCUACAAAAGCAAAAGGAAUUCAUCCUUGAUGGUGUGGCAGUGGAUACCAUUGGUAGCAGCUAUGCUCACAUUCUGCCCAAGCUGUGGUCUGCAUUGCCACCAUAUAAUGCUCAAUUAGAUAUCCAUGCUGCUAGCUAUUUCUCAUCUCCAGUGGUCAAAUCACUGCUAAAAAAGACGGAGCAGACUCGUGGUGGAACCUCUAGGGAUGGGUGGAUAGUGGACUAUUUCCAUAUCUAUGGGCCAGGCCAGAGGUAUUUGAACAGGAGAAACUGGGCAGGAGCAGGUCACUCUCCUGAGCAAGUGGCUGGUCACCAUCUAUAUUUGAUGGGUACAAAGCCAGCAACAGGUUGGAACGGCCGAUAUGGCUAUCGCCGCAACACUCCAGAUCUUCGCACACGCUCUUCUUGUUUUGGUGAAGUAACAUGGUUACCCAUCCACUGAAGAACAUCAGAUUAUAUCAAUCUGUCUCUUCUUCUAAC